AAGGUGCAUGAAGUCGAUUUUGGAAAGGCCCUCCAGCAUGCUGCCGGCUGGCGAUUGCAGGACUGCUGCACGUGCCGCUGUGGCCUUGUCUGCCGCCACAUCCAGAGCGUGCACGAGUACCUGUUUGUUGGCAGGCGCAGCAUGGACGUCUACCCCUUUUUGGACGAGCUCGCGCUUCUUCGUCGGGAGGCGGAGCUCGAUCUUGAGGAGGCACCAAACCGCAAGGACGCUCAUGAGCGCCUCGUUAAAGUGUCCCGCGCGAUGGAUGCCGCGCAGGCGUUUUCGCUUGCAUUUGCAGCCGCAACAAGCGAUCAGCGCAAGCCGAAUUUUAUGCUUGCACUGGCAGAGACGCCAAACGAAACAGCGAGCCCGGCACACGCUUCGCCCCACAAGUCCGCCAAAGCCUCUGGAGGGCUCUUUGGAUGUGUGCGGAAGUUGUUUACGUCGUAUUCUGUGCCCAGCGCAAAGGACACCCGCCCCACAAAGGCCAGAUGCUGCUUCUGCUGUAAUAGAGUUCCAGGUGGGAGUAAAACGUGCAGCUUGUGA